GACAUCAGCCCUGUUGUGGUGCAGUGUGCAAAGCCUACUGGUUGGCGUGGCGCGGGAAACGCCUUCCGGAGUGGGGAAACAAAACGGCGCGCACUCGGGCGCAGCCAGUCACGGCUUCCCGGAGUGCAGUCGCCCGUGCGCCUCCCAGCAGCUGCCAGAAUGCCAAACUGGGGAGGAGGCAAGAAAUGUGGGGUGUGCCAAAAGACCGUCUACUUUGCCGAGGAGGUCCAGUGCGAGGGCAGCAGCUUCCAUAAAUCCUGCUUCCUCUGCAUGGUCUGCAAGAAGAAUCUGGACAGUACCACUGUGGCUGUGCAUGGAGAAGAGAUCUAUUGCAAGUCAUGCUACGGCAAGAAGUAUGGGCCAAAAGGCUAUGGCUACGGGCAGGGCGCAGGCACACUGAGCACGGACAAGGGGGAGUCUCUGGGCAUCAAGCAUGAGGAAGCCCCCGGACACAGGCCCACUACCAAUCCCAACGCAUCCAAGUUUGCCCAAAAGAUUGGUGGCUCUGAGCGCUGUCCCCGAUGUAGCCAGGCAGUCUAUGCUGCAGAGAAAGUGAUUGGUGCCGGCAAGUCCUGGCAUAAGUCCUGCUUCCGUUGUGCCAAAUGUGGCAAAGGCCUUGAGUCGACCACCCUGGCGGACAAGGAUGGUGAGAUCUACUGCAAAGGAUGCUAUGCCAAAAACUUUGGACCCAAAGGUUUUGGCUUUGGACAAGGAGCUGGUGCCUUGGUUCACUCAGAGUGAGGCCUCUGCUGCCUGUGUACCCCGCCUCCUCCUGUGCUUUUCUUCUGUCAUCAAUCCCUUCCCAGAAGCCUUGGACACCCCCAAGAUUCUCUCUCUCACUCAGCCCUGGCUCACAUCACUAAUGUUGGACUUGAGUAUCUGGCUUCUUUUGGUUUAGGGGUCUGCCUGAGCUCCUACCCCACUAAGGACUUCCUCCUGCCUGGCAUUUGAUACCACCACCUUUAAGAGACAUCUGUCAUCCUUUUAGAGAGAACAGGUCCCUCUCCCCACACUUCACCCCUACAGACCGAAUGUCCACCCUCUACUGGUCACAAUAUCUGAGCCCAAGUCUUUGGAGCCCAGAGUAGUCAAGCAACAGACCUGGAGGGAGGGAAGCAGGACCAGGAAUGGGCCAGGGGAGACUGCAGUUUAUUGGAUCCCAGAGAGUGCCCUCUGGGAAGUAGGCUGAGCUUUUUGGUGCCCUUCAGAAUAUACCUGAGGCAUCUCAGUCUGGGGGCAGGGUGGCCCCAUGGGAGGCAGAGAGGUGCAGACAGGGUUGUAGACCACAGGAAGGAACUCUUUCUCUGGGCUCUUGCCUUUGAAUGUGGAACUGGUAUCGUCCCAUUGGGAAUGGAGAACCACCCAGGCCAGAGGACCCCACAGUCUGGAUGUUGUCUGAUCUCCUUAGGCAUCAAGUUCCCUGUUUGAUGGGGAAGGGAAGACCCUAACGAAAUACUUUGAACAUGUAUUCACAUUUAUCAGUGGUCGAGAUCUUGGAGUGGUCAAUUCUGGUCCUAAUCCUGGGUCUGGUGGCUGGGAUGGACAGUAGUUUCUCCGUGGGCCUGCAUAGCCCAGAGUGCUAUGUGCUAGCCACUCCUAAUAGUUCAUCUGAUGUGAAAGGAGGCAGAGGUAACCUGUCUUCAUGUAACACCCUUUCCCUCUGCCUCCAGUCUUCACUCCCCUCCAACUCAGACCCACCCAGACCCUGCCUCUUUCACCCCACCCUUCUCUUAGGAACAUUCACUAGCUUCCAGGCCCCAAGGCAGGAGCAGAGGGAGGAAGGGGAAGAGCUGGGCUGUGAUGCUCCUUGGACAACGCUGUUCACUGCAAAGGCUGUAGGCAUGGGCUAUGUGGACGCUGAUCUCUCAUCUGGUCAAUAAAGCAGUUUAGAACAGAA